GCCGCUGCCGGGAUAACCGGCGCGCCGCCCGCCCCCGCCCCGGACGGAGGAUGCUGCCCGCGCCGUGGCGGGUUCCGACUCGGACAGCAGCGGCCGCGUCCGCCUCCUCGGCUCCGGGCAGCGUCGCCGGGGAGAGAUGAGUUCGCGGCACCAGGCGGACUGGAUCCCUUACAGUGUUCUGGAUGAUGAGGGGAGCAGCCUGCGUCAGCAGAAGCUUGACAGACAGAGAGCACUGCUGGAACAGAAGCAGAAAAAGAAGCGCCAGGAGCCACUGAUGGUUCAGUCCAAUGUGGACAGCCGGGCAAGGACGCGCAGGAUGAAACAUUCGGAGGAGCAGGCCCCGCUGGUUGAAUCCUAUCUCAACAGCAACAGCAGCACCAUAUAUCAUGCAGUGCAGGAGGCUGAACAGGAAGAUGUAAAGGUGGUAGUGGACGCCCAAGCUCCGAAACCAACUAAAAAAGCCAAGGCAGCAGCUGCGAGCUGUCAGAGUAGCAGCACCAGAAAGGAGAAAAAAGGGAAGCACAAAGGGAUUGAUGGCCCAGCUGCUUUUCAAGAUGAUGUUCAGAAGAUAGGAAGUCAAGUGCAGAUUCUCACUGUUGGACAGUCUAGCCAUGAUGAAGAUGAUGGUGACAAAGUGGCUACUGGCCAACCACAGCAAAGCAAGCAAGAUCUUAGAACAGCAAUGCAGAAGAAAGAUCCCCAUGCAAAUACAUCCUGGUCCUCUUCCACCUCCCAAUCCAGUCUUGUCGCCCUGGAUCAUGUUCCUGGCAUUUCAAGUAGCAUGAAUUUUGAUGAGGAAGAAGAUGAGGAGGAUGAAGACAGCUCCAGUUCUUCACAGUUAAACAGUAACACCCGGCCUGGUUCUGCCACGAGCAAGAAAUCCAAUAAGGAAGCAGCCUCAGCCCCCAGUCCUUCCACAAAUGAGCCUCUCAUAGAUGUGGAUGACCUGGAGGAGUUUGCUGUCAGACCUGCCCCACAGGGCGUCACUGUCAAGUGCAGGAUCACAAGAGACAAGAAGGGAAUGGACCGAGGGAUGUACCCUACUUAUUACCUCCACUUGGAAAGGGAGCAUGGUAAAAAGGUGUUUCUGUUGGCUGGAAGGAAACGAAAGAAGAGUAAAACCUCUAAUUACCUCAUCUCUAUAGACCCAACUGACCUGUCUCGGGGUGGAGAGAGUUUUAUUGGAAAACUGAGAUCAAAUCUUAUGGGAACUAAGUUUACAGUUUAUGACAAUGGAGUAAAUCCAAUGAAAACAACAUCCAGCCUGGAGGCGAGUACCCUGCGUCAGGAGCUAGCUGCUAUUUGUUAUGAAACAAAUGUCCUGGGGUUUAAAGGACCUCGUAAAAUGAGCGUGAUCAUACCAGGAAUGAAUAUGGAUCAUGAAAGAGUUUCCAUCAGACCACGAAAUGAACAUGAGACUCUUCUUGCAAGGUGGCAGAACAAAAACACAGAGAGUGUCAUUGAGCUGCACAACAAAACCCCAGUCUGGAAUGAUGACACCCAGUCCUAUGUUCUGAAUUUCCACGGUCGAGUCACCCAGGCCUCGGUGAAGAACUUCCAAAUUAUCCAUGAUAAUGAUCCUGACUACAUCGUGAUGCAGUUUGGCCGCGUGGCUGAGGACGUGUUCACCAUGGACUACAACUACCCAAUGUGUGCACUACAAGCCUUUUCCAUUGCCCUUUCCAGUUUUGACAGCAAGCUGGCUUGUGAGUAAAGGGGCGUGGGUGAGCAUCCUCUCGAAGGAAGCAGUUUGCCAUGUGAUUCCCAAUUCCUGCUGGUGUCGCUUAUGGUCCAUACUAAAAAGGUCAGGGAAAAAUACAGUUGUGGAGGACCACUGUGUUGCUGAAGAGAAAGUUAAAGGAAUCUUCUAAAAAUUCAGGACAUUCAGGAAAUUGUAUUUUCCUUUUUUUUUCUUUCCUGUCAUAUUUUUCUGGAAGUGACAUCAAGUUUUUGUAAAUAGGAGUUGUCUCUCACGUCCCUGGCUGUGUUAUGGAUGUGUGCCAUGAUGUACUGUACCGUGGCUCCAGUAGCACCAUGACAGUGGUGUCUUUUUUAAAAAUCCAGAAAGGGAGUGAGCACUCCAAAAGUUUCUUUUUACAUUUAAGAAUCAUUCUGAGGCUGCAAUCGUACCUCAAGGUUGCAUUCCUGCAUCAACUAAUCAGAGCUUCACACCAUCCGGCAUAAGAGAAAGAUGAGGAAAAAAAAAGAUGCACUUUUUUUUUUUUUUUUUUUUUUGAUUGUGCAAGGAUCUCAUGUAGUAUAAAGCCUGAAAGUUGAAAACCUCUACUGGACUGAACUUGAUGCAUUGCUAUUGUACAUGUAGUAGGGCAUGAUGAAUUUUAAUUGCAGUAGGAGAAAAUGGAGAAGUGGAAAGCACAAAAUAAUGUUGCACAAGUCACUUGAAUUCUAAGCUGUCAUUAUGUUUUAACAUCUACAUGCUUUUUAAUUUGUUUCAAAUGGAAAUGUAUUUGCAGUACUGAAAGGGAAAAGGAAAACAUCUCGAUGCCAAGAAAGCAUAACUUAUGUUGAAUUUGGCAUUUCAUGGGCUGGGAAUUUAUAUCCUUGUAUUGCUGUGGUAAUUCAAACACAUAUUUUGUAUGAAGUGAUAUAAACAAUUGGAUAAAGGCGUUCUGCAGAGAGUCUUAUUAUUUUGAACAGGCUGCGUAAAGCUGAGGAAGGUAAAUGGAAAUAUUUUAUUAAAUUUGUCUGGCCUUCUGAGCUUUUACAAUUUGUUGAUCGCAUUUUUUGAACUUUGAGCAACAACCACUUUUCAUAUUUAUUUCCCCUUGUAAGAAUGCUUGAAAUCGAUUGAAACUGUGUAUGUUGUUCUCUGAUGUAAACGUGCCAGCUACUGAGCUAAAUCCUUCUAGGCAAAUCUAGUGUAUGCUGCAUACAAAUGAGACACUGGCAGGACACAGAAUAGCUUAAAAUAGUGCAGAUUUUGCAUCUCCAUUUUUCUGAUCUAUCUGGAAUAAACAAACAAAUACCAUUUCAAAACAAAACACAAGCAAAGAACAAGCCAUGGUUAUCUUCUCUCCUGAACAUUUCAAAAGGCAGGAGCUGCAGCUCUUGAAAGCACAUUGUAAAAAUA